AUGAAAUUGAUUUUGAUAAUAAAUUUAUUUGAAAUAUUUGAUCCAUCAACUAGAAAUAAUUUAUCAAUAAAUUGAUUAUUUAUAAUAUUACCAAUUAUUAUUUUUCCAAGAAUUUUUUGAUUAAUUCAAUCACGAAUUAUAUUUAUUAUAAAAACACUAAUAAAUUUUAUAUAUAAUGAAUUUAAAGUUGUUUCAAAAUCUAAAUAUCAAUCUAAUAUUAUUAUUUUUAUUAGAUUAAUACUUUAUAUUAUAAUUACUAACAUUUUUAGAUUAAUUCCUUAUGUUUUUACAUUAACAAGACAUCUACUUUUAAAUAUAAUUUUAUCAUUAACAUUAUGAUUUAGAUUUCUAAUUUAUUUAAUUUAUAAUAAUUAUAUUAUAUUCCUUAGUCAUUUAGUUCCAUUAAAUUCACCAGUAUUUUUAAUAAACUUUAUAGUAAUUAUUGAACUUAUUAGAUUAAUUAUUCGACCUUGAACAUUAUCAAUUCGAUUAUCAGCAAAUUUAAUUUCUGGACAUUUAAUUUUAACAUUAUUAGGAAUUUUUAUUAGAAACUUUAUUUCAAUUUUACCAAUUAAUUUAAUAAUUCAAAAUAUACUUUUAACUUUAGAAAUUUUUAUAUCAAUAAUUCAAAGUUAUGUAUUUUCAAUUCUUUUAAUUUUAUAUUUCUCUGAAUCAAAUUAA